CCUGCCAGUCAUUUUGCAUUUUAUUCAAUUUUUUGAGAAAGUGAACAUGGCAGUACGUGUUAUUAACGACGAAUCACAUUUUCAAGCGGAGUUAGCUCAGGCAGGAGUACGCCUGGUUGUUGUAGACUUUACAGCAACAUGGUGCGGACCCUGUCAAAGGAUUGCGCCCGUGUUUGACACGUUUCCCAGUAAAUAUCCCAAAGCCAUAUUCCUGAAAGUGGACGUGGACAAAUGUCAGGACACAGCCGCCGGCCAGGGUGUCUCUGCUAUGCCAACUUUCAUAUUCUAUCGCAACAGGACCAAAAUCGACCGUAUUCAAGGCGCCAAUAUAAUGGGUUUGGAAGCCAAAAUAGAGGAGCAUAUUGGCACCGGCGUCGCCGAGGAGGCCGGCGAAGACUAUGGCCAGGGUUUGAUGGAGCUGAAUACGUUCAUCUCGAAGCAAGAGUGCGAGUGCUUGAAUGAGUCGGACGAUCACAAUCUGAAGCAUGCUCUGGCGUCGGCUGGUGGCUAUCUGCAGUCCGACUGCGAUGAACAGCUCAUUUUGUCCAUAACCUUUAAUCAGGCCGUCAAGAUACACUCGCUGAAGUUCAAGGCACCGCCACAACUGGGCCCCAAGGAGGUGAAGCUGUUCAUCAAUCAGCCGCGAACCAUUGACUUCGACAUGGCGGAAUCCAUGAGCAGCGUGCAGGAUCUGACCCUGGGCGAGAAGGAGCUGGAGAGCGGCAAUCCCGUCAAUCUGCGCUACGUCAAAUUCCAGAAUGUGCAAAACAUACAAAUCUUUGUAAAGAACAAUCAAUCGGGCGGCGACAUAACCCAAAUCGAUUAUAUUGGCUUUAUAGGCUCGCCCAUUAUCACAACCAAGAUGACGGACUUUAAGCGUGUCUCCGGCAAAAAGGGCGAAAGCCACUAAAUCGAUUAGCUUGAUAUUAAAUUGAAGUUCUAGUGUUUUCCCCAUCUUAUUAACCAGGCUUGCUCCUUGUACUUUCGACUUAAAAUUAAGCAAAAAAAAAAAACGUAUAGAAAUGCAUUAACAAUGACAACUAAUAACAAAUAAAA